AACCAUGUCCGACUCCAUUGCAACUCGUUCGAGAGAACUCAGAAGCAUAUAGAAAACAAGUAAAAUACAGAGAAAAAAAAAGAGUGAUGGCCAGCUCCAUAGCAACUCGUUGGAGAGAACUCAGUGGGGAGAACGAAUGGGAGGGUCUACUACAGCCACUAGACACUGAUCUCCGUCAGUAUAUAAUUCACUACGGUCAAAGGACUUCAGCUGUCGGAGACCUCUUCGACCCUACCACUUACGAUCCUAAAACCUCGAAAGAACAUUUUUUCACCGAGGCUUGUCUCAUAAAAGGAAACCCCUACAAGUACGAGGUGACUGACUUCAUUUAUGCUGGCUCGAAUGAAGUUACGUCAGCAUGGAUGGGAUAUGUGGCGGUGAGCACGGAUGAAGGGAAGAAAGUACUGGGCCGGAGGGAUGUUUUGGUUGCUUGGAGAGGGACCAGAACACUAUCGGAAUGGAUCAAUGAUUUACGGAUUCCGCGAGUAUCACCUACCGAUUUGUUCCCGAAGGCCGCUGAAUACAACGCUUUAGUGCACGAUGGUUUCCACGCGCUUUAUAUUGGGACGGUACCGGCUUCUACACAUAGCAAGAGGAGUGCUAGAAAGCAGGUCCGAACUGCUGUAAAGAAACUAGUGAACAAGUACAAACAUGAAGAACUAAGCAUAACCGUCACAGGGUUUAGCUUAGGUGGAGCAUUAGCAACAUUGACCGCAAUGGACAUAGUUGCCAAUGGAUGCAACAACCCCACCGGAAGCAAGGCGCCGUUCAUGGUGACCGCCUUCGUGUUCGGUUGUCCCCGUGUCGGAAACGACGGUUUCAAACAACUAUUUGAUUCGCUCAGGGGCGACAACCUUCGUCUCCUCCGUAUGAAAAACAAAAUGGACUUUGUUCCAGUAAUUUUAUUGUCUUACACCGAUGUCGGAAACGUGUUGAACGUUAACACCUCAGUGUCAAAGUACUUAAAGGAGAAGUUUUUUGGCUUCACUGGUUAUGCUUUCCGUGAUGGAAAUGGAGAUGAAGUAGGUAUCGAUAUAAGCUUGGUAAAUGAAGAUGAUCAUGAAGCUCAAGAAAUAAUUAUCAGCGGAUGGAUAAACAAUCUGUAUAGUUGUCACAACAUGGAUGUGUAUAUGCAUGGUGUUGCGAUCGAAAACAUUGCAGAAGAUACACCGGCGGAUGAAUUGGAUUAUGAUUUACCACUCGUGAAUAAACAUUUAGAUCGUGUGAAGGAUGACUACAAAUUUCCAACGGAGUGGUGGGUUGGUGAGAAUCGGAAGAAAAUGGAACAAAUGGAUAAUGGACGAUGGAGGGUUGUUUGAGUUUUGAUGACAAACAUGAAGGCUACUUUGGUUUUAAUAUAUAUAUAUAUAUUGAUAUAAAUAAAUGCCCUUAGAUAUUAGCUCAGGGUUUGUUGUUUGUAAAUGAAGCUUAUACGCUUCUAUAUAUAUUUAUGAUAUAAACAAAGGUCCUUGGAUAUUACCUACGGGUUUGCAAUAAUAUCACUUCAUUUAAUUUAUGUUA